GCAGCAGCGGCUCUCCCUGCCGCUUUGAGGUUUUUUUUCUUUGCUUUCCUUUCGAACCUGUUGGACAGGAAUCGUAGUGUGUGCUUACCAGAAAAGAAAACACGAAUAACAGUUGAUAACUUCGAUGAGUUUCGAGCCUUCUCCGCGGCGUCGACGAUCACGCGGUGGACGGGCGUGCGGCGUUGGUGUAGUGACGCUUGUGGCGCUUCUUUGCUGCUGUUUCCUCCUGCACACCGCGACCGUCGUUAGUGCAAAGGACUGCGCUAUGACCGGCACGGGCACCAUGGUCGCGUGGAAGCACGAGCAAGGCAGCUUCCAGUGCGUGAACUGCCUCGGCGCGUCUGCGGAGGCGGUGAAGACGGGAGCGGUGCGUCGGCAGUGGCGCGAGUACGACCGCGACCGCCGGCUGCUGAACUCGUUUGUGGAGGAGAUGCGGGACGGGGCGCAGGUGGUGCUGCGGGAUGAGGGGCGCGACAUUGCGGUGUUGCUGCGGUCCGACCUCUGUGGCAUCCGCACGGCCAACGAACAGAACUUCCGUCAGCUUUACGGCGGCUCCUUUAUGUCGAUCAUCGACUGUACGUAA